GACCUUCAUCUGCGUCGGUGCCAUCAUCCGGGAGUUGUGCAGCGUAUCCACUUAAAUAAGAGUUCACGCAUGCGUAGUAGUUCCUCAGCGGUUCGACCUCUGCAGCCGAGACAGACCCAGGUUAUCCCGCUAAGUUGAUUAGUCGAAUCAACGAACCUGACUAAAAUGUAUGCCUGUGCAAAGUUCGUCUCUACGCCCGCACUGGUCCGUGCUGGAUCCAGGGCACUGUACAGACCCCUCUCUGCUUCAGUGAUCUCCAGACCAGAUGCAAAGACAGGAGAGGUGAGCGCGCCCCUUAUUCCACAGAGCCCCAUGUCUCAGGUGGCGCUGCGAGGCUUCCAGACCAGCUCGGUGAGCAGAGACAUCGACACCGCCGCCAAGUUCAUUGGUGCCGGCGCUGCCACCGUGGGAGUGGCCGGAUCCGGAGCUGGAAUCGGAACAGUUUUCGGCAGCCUCAUCAUUGGCUACGCCAGGAACCCCUCCCUGAAGCAGCAGCUGUUCUCCUACGCCAUCCUGGGAUUCGCCCUGUCUGAGGCCAUGGGUCUGUUCUGUCUGAUGGUGGCUUUCCUGAUCCUGUUCGCCAUGUAAAGCGCCCCCACCUCCUCCUCCCUCCUCCCCUGCCCACCACCGUCCUCCCGCGCCGCGCCACCAGAGGCCACGCAUCUUACUGGCUACCACAAGCGUUCUGUGUUGGUGUCCAUGACUGUACAUUUUCCAAGUUUUUGUUGAAGGUUGACGAUAUAAGAGCAAACAUGUAUUGUAAAAAUGUAACCAACUACACGAUUAAAAAUACAUGUAUUUCACUAUUUAAA